AUGAAGUUGACUCCGAGAGAGGUGGAAAAACUAAUGCUCCACAACGCUGGAUUCCUAGCACAGAAGCGUCUGGCUCGUGGCCAAAGGCUCAAUCAUCCUGAAGCCGUAGCACUUAUAGCAACACAAGUUGAGGGGACCUUUCCUGACGGGACAAAGUUAAUCACCAUCCAUGAUCCGAUUGCUAGUGAAAAUGGAAAUCUAGAGCUAGCUUUAUAUGGAUCUUUUCUCCCAGUUCCUUCACUAGACAAGUUUCCCAUAGUAGAGGAUGAUCAAAUUCCUGGUGAACUGAGCUGUAAAGGUGGAUGUAUCAUGCUUAAUUGUGGAAGGAAAGCAGUGAUCCUUAAAGUCACUAAUACUGGAGACAGGCCAAUACAGGUUGGCAGCCAUUAUCCUUUUAUUGAGGUGAACCCUUACUUGGUUUUUGAUCGAAGGAAAGCAUAUGGCAUGCGGUUGAAUAUACCAGCAGGGACAGCUAUACGUUUUGAGGUAGGACCUUUUGACCUCAUUGAAAUUAAGUUUGCAGUGUACCUAAGGACCUUUGGCUAUGUGAGUGGGGAAUAUGUGGUUAGGUUCUAUAAGAAUGAGCCAGGGGACACAAAAAGUGUGACUCUUGUGAAAAUUGGGGGUAGGCAAGUUAUCAGAGGAGGAAGCAGCAUUGCUGAUGGUCCUUUUGAUCAUGGCAAUAUCAGAAUAUUAAUGGAAGCUGUGCAAGCAAGAGGAUUUGGGCAUUCUGAAGAAACAAGUGCCAGUGAAGGUGCUAUCCAAGAAGGAUCUGCUUUUACGAAUUCAAUUUCUCGCGAAGCCUAUGCUAACAUGUAUGGUCCUACCACCGGAGACAAAGUUCGGCUUGGUGACACUGACUUGUUUGCAGAAAUUGAAAGAGACUUUGCUGUUUAUGGUGAUGAGUGCAUAUUCGGAGGUGGAAAAGUUUUAAGGGAUGGAAUGGGACAGGCUUGUGGGUGUCUGCCAGCUUAUUGUCUGGACACUGUUAUCACAAAUGCUGUGAUCAUUGAUUAUACGGGAAUUUUCAAGGCAGAUAUUGGUAUUAGAGGAGGUCUUAUUGUUUUCCUUGGGAAAGCAGGCAACCCAGAUAUCAUGGAUGGUGUAUCACAUGACAAAAUAAUUGGUGUGAGUUCGGUCUCAUUUCCAGGUAACAGUGGUGGGGUUGUGAUCAACCACUGGGCUGACACUCUAGGUUUCCUCUUUUUCAAAUAG